AUGUCAGCACAAGAUGAUCGAUGGAUCGAUGGCAUGAUCGAUAUGCUGUUAAGCGCCAGAAAUAAGAAACCAGGAACACCAGUCGAUCUGUCAGUACAAGAUGCCACGCAGCUAUGCAAUCAAUCACGAGAAGUUUUUAUGCAACAACCUAUGCUGUUAGAAUUAGGGGCACCAAUCAAGAUUUGUGGUGAUAUCCAUGGUCAAUAUACGGAUCUGUUGCGUCUCUUCGAAUACGGAGGCUUUCCACCAGAGGCCAACUACGUAUUCUUGGGAGAUUAUGUAGAUCGUGGGAAGCAAUCAUUGGAGGUUGUUUGUCUGCUAUUUGCUUACAAGAUCAAGUAUCCAGAGAACUUUUUCCUCUUGAGAGGCAAUCACGAGUGCGCUGGAAUCAACCGUAUCUAUGGGUUUUACGAUGAAUGCCGCCGCCGGUUCUCUGUAAAGAUGUGGAAACAAUUUUGUAAUACAUUCAAUUGCUUGCCGUGUUGUGCAGUGAUUGACGACAAGAUCAUUUGUAUGCAUGGAGGUCUUUCGCCUGAACUAUCGCAGAUGGAACAAAUUGCUAAUAUUCCUCGGCCUUGUGAUGUUCCUGAUACCGGUCUCUUGUGUGAUAUUUUGUGGGCUGAUCCAGAUCCCAGUAUCACGGGUUGGGGUGAGAAUGAUCGUGGUGUUUCAUUCACCUUUGGAGGAGAUGUAGUGCGUCAAUUCCUCCGCCGUCACGAUUUAGAUUUGGUAGUGAGGGCACAUCAAGUGGUGGAGGAUGGUUAUGAAUUCUUUGCUGGGCGGGAGCUUGUAACAGUAUUCUCAGCGCCAAAUUACUGUGGUGAAUUCGAUAAUGCUGGGGCUAUGAUGACUGUGGAUGAUACACUGAUGUGCUCCUUCCAGAUUUUGAAACCAGCAAGUGCUGCCCAACAAAGGGGGUAUGGUGGUGGUGGUGGUGGUCGACAGGCAACGCCGGGAAGAAGGUAA